AACUGUUAUGGCGGAUGGGAGUUUCAAGAAGUAAACUUAAAAUUUUGAGGAACAUGGCGUGGAGAUCACACGGGGAAAGUAACAGUGACCUGCUCGAUCAGCUCAAAAGUACGGAGAUAUAUGAUUUAUUUUGCUUGGUGUUGAAUUUAACUUUUUUUCUUCCCUUGAUUUUAGUCCAUGAAGUGUUGAAAAGCAAAAGGGUCGAAGAGGCUCUGAGACGAGUUGACAGGAAACAUUAUUGUCGAAAUCGAGCAUUUGAAGAUUCUCCACAACCAAUAGGUUAUCAAGCAACAAUUAGUGCACCACACAUGCAUGUGUAUGCACUACAACAACUUGAGGGUCAUCUCAAAGAGGGUGCUUGUGCUUUAGAUGUUGGUUCAGGGAGUGGCUAUCUCACAGCUGCUAUGGCUUAUAUGGUUGGAGAAAGUGGAAAGGUUUAUGGAAUUGAUCAUAUUGAUCAGCUUGUCAAAGAUUCUAUGGCUAAUAUUAAAAGAGGGAAUCCUGAACUUCUUGAAAAGGGCAGAGUCAAAAUUGUCUCUGGUGAUGGGCGCAAAGGUUAUGAACCUGGGCAACCCUACGAUGCAAUACAUGUGGGAGCAGCUGCAGCAGAAUUACCAUCUGCUCUUCUAGAGCAGCUUAAACCAGGAGGUCGUCUUAUUUGUCCUGUGGGAGCAGAAGGGCGGAAUCAGGUUCUUGAACAGCAUGAUAAACUUGAGGAUGGCCAAAUUAUGAAGAAGAAUCUGAUGGGUGUCAUCUAUGUCCCACUCUGUGAUAAAAAACACCAGUGGCCAGGUUGUAAGUUGUCUUAAAAUUUUAUGGCUGUUUCUUAAACUAUUUGAUUUUUGUUCAAAGUGGAUUGAAUAUGUCCUUUUGUGUGUAUGUGUUCCAAUGGACCUACAAUCUUAAGAUAAAUUGAAAGAAAUUACUGUUUUCAGUCACUGAGUUGAAGGGGAGUCAGCUGGCAUAGAUUUGCGAACUGCGUAUGCAUUUUGACAUCCUUGAUAGAAAACUAGUGACUUCUGGCUGAAAGGGCCUUAGCCUGUGUUGGUUUGUCAAUCAAAUAUGAAAGUGUAUACAGGCAACACUGGGUUACAUGAGAGCUGUUUAUUCCAGCACAGUUUAUUAUGAUCUCUCAAUUUGCUCUUCUCUUUUUCUAU